GUCGCGCGGUGGGCGCGCCGACGCGGGGGUCCCGCCGGCGGGCGGAGCGUGGCCGCGGCCGGUGGGCGGCGAGAGGCGGCGGCGACGCGGCGGCGCCCCGGGCGCGCGGCAGGAAAAUUUCAAAAAUGUUUCAAAUUCCUGUGGAAAAUCUUGACAACAUCAGGAAGGUACGGAAAAAGGUGAAAAGCAUUCUUGUGGACAUUGGGUUUGACAGCUGCAAGGACCUCCUGAAGGACCUUAAGGGCUUUGAUCCAGGAGAGACGUAUUUCUAUAACACAUCAUGGGGCGAUAUUUCUCUCUGGGAACCUUCUGCAAAAAAAGUGAGAUACCGAACAAAGCCAUACUGUUGCAGCCUCUGUAAAUACUCUACAAAAGUGCUUACUUCAUUCAAAAAUCAUUUACAUCGAUACCAUGAAGAUGAAAUUGACCAGGAGCUGGUGAUUCCUUGCCCAAACUGUGUAUUUUCCUCUCAACCCAAAGUUGUGGGAAAGCACUUUAGAAUGUUUCAUGCACCUAUUCGGAAGGUCCAGAACUACACAGUGAAUAUUUUAGGUGAAACUAAGUCAUCGAGGAGUGAUGUUAUAAGUUUUACAUGUUUAAAAUGUAACUUCUCCAAUACUUUAUACUAUAGUAUGAAGAAGCAUGUGCUCGUAGCCCAUUUUCAUCACUUAAUUAACUCCUACUUUGGCCUGCGAACUGAGGAGAUGGGUGAGCAGCCGAAACCUGAAGAUUCCCAUGCCACAGAGAAGCAGCCACCGUCUGACAAGUAUUACUGUAAAAAAUGUAAUGCCAAUGCCAGCAGUCAGGAUGCUUUGAUGUAUCAUAUUUUGACAUCAGAUAUACACAGAGAUUUGGAGAACAAGCUUAGAUCUGUGAUUUCAGAACAUAUUAAGAAGACUGGAAUUUUGAAGCAAAUGAACAUUGCUCCAAAACCAGCUGCACAUUCAGCCAUCUCUGCCAACAGUAGUGCCCCGGGCCUGCCAGCCACAUCUCCUUGCUUUCAUCUUGCGGUGCCACAGAAUACUCAAAGCCAGACUGUGGUGCAGCCCAUUCAGGGCACAGUUCAGCCAGUAACUGUGGCCUCUGGUACCUCUGGAAGCCUCACACACUCUCCGCCUACCAUUGCCCCGCCCCGGGUCACUCUGGUCUCCAAUCCUCUGCCAGUGGGCCAGAGCAGCCUCACUCUGCAGCCGUCUGCUCCUCAGCCAGUCUUUCUAUCUCAUGGAGUCCCACUGAAUCCAUCAGCAAAUCCGCCUGUGUUGCCCUUGAAUCAGCCAGUUGGCCCUAUAAAUAAGUCUGUUGGUCCUGGUGUCCUCCCCAUAAACCAGACCAUUCGCCCAGGCAAUUUACCGCUCAACCAGCCUGUGGGUCCUGGAGUUCUCUCAGUAAACAGACCGGUUGGGUCUCGUGUCCUUCCUGUCAGCCCCUCCGUCACCCCUGGGGUUCUUCAGGCAGUCUCUCCAGGGGUGAUUUCAGUGAGUCGGACUGUCCCAUCUGGGGUCCUUCCUACAGGUCAGAUGACUCCUGCUGGGGUUAUCCCCUCAGGACAGACAGCAACUUCUGGGGUUCUCCCUGCUGGCCAGAUGGUUCAGUCAGGGGUUCUGCCCAUUGGCCAGACUGCCCCUUCAGGGGUUCUUCCCGGGGGACUGACUGUCCCAACACGAGUACUCCCCCCUGGCCAGACAGUUCCAUUGAGGGUCCUUCCCCCUGGCCAGGUGGUACCGUCUGGACUCCUUCCUCCCAACCAGGCAGUGUCAUCAGGUGUUCUUCCUGUGAACCAGGGUCUGACUUCUGGAGUUCUUCAGCUUAGUCAGCCUGUUGUAUCAGGAGUUCUUCCUGUGGGCCAGCCGGUGAGACCGGGAGUCCUGCAACUCAGUCAGUCUGUGAAUACCAACAUUCUGCCUGCAAAUCAGCCAGUGCGGCCUGGUGCUUCACAGAACACCACUUUCCUCACCUCUGGGUCUAUCCUCAGACAGCUCAUACCGACUGGGAAGCAGGUGAAUGGCAUUCCCACAUACACACUGGCCCCAGUGUCUGUCACACUGCCUGUGCCACCCGGAGGUGUUGCGACUGUUGCUCCUCCCCAGAUGCCCAUCCAGCUCCUGCACUCUGGUGCAACUGCUCAGAUGGCCAGUCCCGUAGUGGGCAUGCCUUCUCCUCUGGUGGUGAAUGCCACUCAGAAUCUCUUCCCGCAGACCUCCUCCUCUGUGACAGAGGCGAAUCAGGUGCUCAAACAGGCGAAGCAAUGGAAAACGUGCCCUGUUUGCAACGAACUCUUCCCCUCCAAUGUCUACCAGGUCCAUAUGGAGGUGGCUCAUAAGCACAGUGAGUCCAAAUGUGCUGAGAAGCUGGAGCCUGAGAAGUUGGCAGCAUGUGCCCCCUUCCUGAAGUGGAUGAGAGAGAAGACCGUUCGCUGUCUGUCUUGUAAAUGCUUAGUGUCUGAGGAAGAGCUGAUCCAUCACUUACUGAUGCACGGCCUGGGGUGCUUGUUCUGUCCCUGCACUUUCCAUGAUAUUAAAGGUCUUUCUGAGCAUAGUCGGACUAUGCACUUGGGGAAGAAGAAGUUGCCUGUGGAUUAUAGUAAUAAAGGGUUUCAGUUGGACAUCGAUGCCAAUGGCAACCUGCUGUUUCCCCAUCUCGACUUCAUCACCAUAUUGCCCAAGGAAGCUCUGGGGGAUCGGGAAGUAUACUUGGCAGUGUUGGCUGGGAUCCACUCCAAGUCACUUGUGCCCGUGUAUAUUAAAGUAAGGCCCCAGGCUGAGGGUACGCCUGGGGUCCCCAGCAAGCAAGCGCUGACUUGCCCAUUUUGUUUUGGCACCUUUGUGACCUCAGAAGCCUACGAGCUACAUUUGAAGGAGAGGCACCACAUAACCCCCACAGUCCACACAAUUUUGAAGUCUCCAGCUUUCAAGUGCAUCCACUGCUGUGGAGUCUACACUGGCAACAUGACCUUGGCCGCCAUUGCCAUACACCUGGUGCGCUGUAGGAGUGCCCCGAAGGACAGCAGCUCAGACCUACAGAUUCAGCCCAAUUUCAUUGACAACAGUGAGGUGCUUUUAGUCAAUGGUGAAGUGGUCCAGGACCCCAGCCUCUCUGUGAAGAGAAAGCUGCCCGAUGGCCAGGCAUCUGGGGAGGAGCGACCUCUCUCCAUAAACGCUGAGGCCUUCCCUGUGCUAGAGAAGCUGGGGAGUGCGGUGCCUUGUAAGAGGCAGAGGAAUGAGAGCAGGACAGAGGGUUCCCUCGGAAGUGACGACCCUCUUCAGAUUCUAGCAUUAAACCCUAAGAAGUAUGAAGACCGUACUUACGAAGAUAAAAAGCAGUUCCUUAGAGAUUACUUCCACAAGAGACCAUAUCCAAGUAAGAAGGAAAUAGAACUACUAUCCUCACUCUUGUGGGUGUGGAAAAUCGAUGUGGCUUCCUUUUUUGGAAAAAGAAGAUAUAUUUGCAUGAAAGCAAUAAAAAAUCAGAAGCCUUCUGUACUUUUGGGCUUUGAUAUGUCUGAACUGAAAAAUGUCAAACACAGAUUGAAAUUUGAGUAUGAACCGCAGAAUUCAUGAAAAGAAAUUAGGAACUGUAAAGUCUAGAUAAUUUAGUUUUUUUCAAUUGAGAUUUUAAAAAUGUUAUUUUCUUCACUGUAUGUUGAACUAAUCAAUUUCAGUGGUCUUUAUGCUGCUCUUUAGAUUUAUUUCAGGUGCUCAGAAAGACUUCUGUAUGAGAAGUGAACAGUUCCUUCAAAUUUAUUGUUUUAUGCAGUUUGAUUUUGUAACAAUUUUUAGUUUUUUUCUGUUGUGUAAAUUAAAUCUUUUGAUAUUUUAUGCACGCCUUGUUUUCCCAGUAGUGUCAGUAUUGUACGAUUAAAAAACUUAAAUCUACUUUUUCUUUCAUUUUAAGGAAAUUUCAGCUUGUGUCAGAAUACUUGAGAAGUAAAGCAUUGAUCUCUCUGAGUUAGCUUCAUAUGUAGCAGCUGAUACAUACAGUAAUGUUUAGAGAUGUGAGUACAAACUCCAUUAUGUAUCUAGUCCCUUAAGGGCGCACUCAUUAACUUAUGCUGAUACGAGAUAUUUGCUUAUCAGAUUAUAAUUUCCCUUCCCCCCGUAGUUAUUGAUUAUAACUCACAGAAAGCCAGGUGUUCAUUUGUUAAAAUAAUCUGAAUCUGAAAUUUCAUAAAUCAAGUUAUUUUGCAAAUAAAGUAUUUCCGUAGCUGCAGAAAUAACAUUUCAGCAUACAUAUUCUCCUCUUUUUGAUAUGGUCAUUUAUUCAUUCAGAGGAAGGAAAAUACAUCUUUUAGUGCCUUCAGAAUAAACACUGAAAAGACACAAAAUCUAACCUAAUUGCUCAUAAACUACUUGGAAGGGAAGGACCAUGUUACUCAGGAACAAAAUUUUAUCCCUGAGUCUAGAUGCUAACUGAAAUUUGAACCUAGGUUGCAGGGGACAGGGUGAAGUAAAGAGAUCCAGAGCAAAGUCUCCACAUUUGUGUUACAUCUUUCCUAGACAUAAUGUGUUUGUUUUGAGGAGAUAGAGUUUGUAUAACCCAGUUUUCAGCAUUAAGUGGACAGGGUGUUGCUAAAAACCUCUCCUACAUCCCUGUCCUUCGGUUAGUUUGUUUUUUCCACACAAUAUAAAAGAACUUAGAGAUCUGAAUCUGGUUGGGACCUUCCAGUAUAGACCAUUGAUCCUGUGGUACAAGCAGAGGCACCUGUCUUGACAUACCAAAUGAUGUGACUCUGGGAAAUGGAAUGUUACUGUCAGAAUUUUAAAAAGAUCCUAUUUGCAUGUCAUUGCUCUCCUGUGCAUUUUCGAAGCAGUUGUGAAACUGUUCAGUGAUGUUGGUGUACUCUGUUGUAAAAAAAAAGAGCUUGUUGAAGUUUAUUUUUUUUUUACCUAUUGUUUUCAGAGUGUCUAUUUUGAAUUAAAUUUGUUAUAACACUGCAAAUAGGAUUGUUUAAUUAUUUUAAAAGUUAAAUGUUAGAAUGAGUCAUAGGGUUGAAAUAGACGCCACAUUUAUUUUCUAAGAAAUGUUAUCAUUGUGAAAAUGAAUUUGCAUCACCCCAUGGGCUAAUUAAUUAAUUACUAGCAUCACAAGAUAGAUGUGGCUUAGAGAUUCUUUUUUGUUGUUGUCUUUGGGCACAGUUGGUGGUGCUCAGGACUUAUUCCUGGCUCUGUACUCAAGGAUCACUCCUGGAAGGGCUCAUGGGACCAUUGGGGUGCCAGGGCCAGUCCUGUGCAAGGCAAGUGUAACUGUGUCUGCACUGAUGGCCGCCAAAGUGCCAAGGGGAGUGUGGGGAACUAGGAACUUAGUGGUGUAGUGCUUGGCUCGUGCUGAGGCCGGGUGUGGAGGUGCUGGCGAGGGGCAGUGUGCACUUCUGUGGUAGAACUCACUUUUUUCUAGUCUGUAAGAAGGGGUUGGUUGGCUUUAUUUGGCACUUGCAAGCAGCUUGUGACUCCUUGCUGAAGUGACUUCCUUGUCCUUGGGAGGAGUGGGACAGUAUCCCUGUAUCCCUUACUUCUGUCUUUCAGAUCAGGUGUACCUCGACUCCUCCCCUUCUCAGUGUGACAGUCAGAAAUAUCAAGGAUUGGGGGAGGUGACAUGUGCAUGUAUGCGCCCGCGCGCGUGUGUGUGGGUGGGUGGUGUGUGUGUGUGUAUGGGGAGGAGGUGGGGUGGGGGAGGAGCAUUCAUCCCACAAGAAAGGAAGUCUUAUUUUGUUGAACAUGACAAAUUAUUUUUAUUUUUAUUUUUUUUGCUUUUUGGAUCACACCCAGCAAUGCACAGGGGUUACUACUGGCUUUUCACUCAGGAAUUACUCCUGGCGGUACUUGGGGGACCAUAUGGGAUGCCGGGGAUUCGAACCCAGGUCGGCCGCGUGCAAGGCAAACGCCCUACCUGCUGUGCUAUCGCUCCGGCCCAACAUGACAAAUUAUUGACACAUCUCUUCUGUAUGAUGGUCCGGUUUAAUAUGUUAAAUCUAACAUUAACAUAAUCUAACAUCUAUUUUCUUCCAUAAAUGCAAGAAAAAUUGUUUUUCCUUUGAUGAGAAUUCUCAGGAUUGACUUUUUGUUUUUAUUUUGUUUUGGGAUCACACCUGGAAGUAUUAGGGUCUUAAUCCUGUGUCCUCAUGGAUUGUUCUUGGUGGUGCUCAGGGCACCGUUUUUGGUCGGCCAUGUGUAGGGCAAGUGCCCUAUCUCUUGUAUUAUCACUCUGACCCAGGACUGACUUUGUGAUUAAUUUCUGAGCCAUGCCUGGUGGGACAUGACUCUCCUGUGUGCAGAGCAUACUUUCUAGCCCCUUGUGCUCCACAGUGCAUGGUGUUUGAAAGUAUGCCUUGCACAUGAAAGGCAGGUGCUCCACCAUGGAGCCACAGCCUUGAUCCCUUACUGCGUUCUCCUGGAUACAACCACAUAUUUCCUUAAAGAUGGGCAAUGCUAAUUGGUACUUGUAUUCUCAGAGUUCCCGGUGAAUAAGUUGACAACUGCUCAUAGAUUAAUGGAGGGAAGUCCCAAGGUUCUGCACCAGGUCAUCAGUAUUUCAGCCACACCCAUGGUGGUGAGGUUUUGCUUUUCCCCUGUCAGUGCUUGUUGGAACCUAUACUUUUGAUUCUUGGCUUUCCUAAAGGCAUUGCUUUGAGAAAGAUUCCAAAUCGUAGCCUUGUAGUCGGACUGGAGCGAUAGCACAGUGGGUAGGGUGUUUGCCUUGCAUGCGGCCGACCCAGGUUUGAUUCCUCCGUCCCUCUCAGAGAGCCCAGCAAGCUACCAAGAGUAUCCUGCCCACACGGCAGAGCCUGGCCAGCUACCCGUGGCGUAUUCGAUAUGCCAAAAACAGUAACAAGUCUCACAAUGGAGACGUUACUGGUGCCCGCUCGAGCAAAUCGGUGAUGAACAACGGGACGACAGUGCUAAAGUUUUGUAGUCUCUGAAGGGACUUUUCCUAGCUACACUCCAAGAUUUCUUGAUUGAUACUCAAAUAUAAGAGAUUCAGACAGCCUCAAGGCACCGCAGCUUGCAGGAAUCCUGCCAUGGGUACCGUCAGUUGCAAGAAUGGCAUCAUUGAGACAUCUGCUUUCUGAUGUCUGGAGCAUUGGUCCUGUUCAGGGAUUGUUAACUUUGCUGUCGUUACAGUAACAUUAACUAGCAAUCAGGUUAUAUCUUGAAAGCCAAUUCCUCAUUUAUUCUAGUACUUCUCUGGUACUACCUGGUACCACCUCUCUUUUGACCACCUUCCUCAGGGUCCCAACCCCUUCUGCUCACCUGAAGUCUGGUUUCUUUUUUUUUUUUUUUAAUUUUAAUGUUUAUUAAUCAUCGUGAGGUACAGUUACAGACUUACAAGCUUCCGUGCUUACGUUUCAGUCAUACAAUGAUCAAGUACCUAUCCCUUUACCAAUGCCCAUUCACCACUAAUGAUCCCAGUAUCCCUCCCACCACCCCCACCCAACCUUUCCCACCCCACCCCACCCUGCCUCUGUGGCAGGGCAUUCCUUUUUGCUCUCUCUCUCCUUAUGGGUGUUGUGGUAUGCAAUAGAGGUAUUCAGUGGCCUAUAGUCUACUUUCAGCAUGCAUCUCCCAUCCCAAGUGGGCCCUCCAAGCACCCCAUACUUGGUGGUCCCUUCUCUAUCUGAGCUGUCCUUUCCCCAGUAUGUGAGGCUGGCUUCCAAGCUGUGGAGCAAUCCUCCUGGUAUUCAUCUCUACUAUUCUUGGGUGUAAGCCUACCAUUCUGUUACUUUAUAUUCCACAAAUGAGUGCAAUCUUUCUAUGUCUGUCCUUCUCUUUCUGCCUAAUUUCAUACAACACAAUACUUUCUAUGUUGAUCCACUUAUAUACAAAUUUCAUGUGAAGUCUGGUUUCUUUUUCCCGAAUUUAGAUCCCAGAUAUAUGGGAGGUGGUCUGUACUGUCUUGUCAUCUCACCUGUCCGCUUAUUCACUCAGCACAGUGCCCUCAGGGCCCCGGCGACUCACAAAUGGCAAGUGGCAGGAUUCCCCGCUGGAUCCCAUUCCCGAGCCUGUAGGUGCCUCCACUGCAGACACUGAGGCUGCUCCAAGUCUUGGGUACUGUGCAUGGUGCUGCACCGAACAGGAGGCUGAGACCCAGGAGUUGGUGUUUUUGUUCCCUGUGAGAAGUGCUGGGUCAAAGGGCAGUUCCUUCCCUGUGGGAGGUGUUGGGGAGGCUUCAUACUGGUGUCCAUAGUGGCCGCCCAGGGCUUUCUUCCUGCCAACAGUGUCCCAGGUUCCCUUUCCACUUCCUGCCAACCACCUAUUUUCCUGGUGACUUUUUUUGGGAGGUGGGGGACUUUUUUUUAGUCUGGGGGCCAUACCUACCAGUGCUGGCUUUUUUCUGACUCCAAGCAGUACUUUGGGGAUAAUGAGGUGCUGGGGAUCAAACCUGGAGCUCUGGUGUGCAAAGUCUAGUCCUUUGUGUCAUCUCUCAGGCCCAGUGAUAGGCAUUUCCCUGAUGGGUAGUGAAGUUUGAACAUCUUUUUAUGUACUUGCCCUUUGUUUAUCGAGAAAGGUAUUCAUAUCCUUUCCCUAAUUAUUACUUAUUCCUUAAUUGCACGAGUUCUUUAGUUUUUAGAUAUUAAUUAUACCAGAUUGAUGGCUUGCAAAUAUUUUUUCCCUUCCAGUUGGUUUUCUUUUUACAUUGUUUUGCAUAUUUGUAUUUUGCUUGUUUGUUUUUGCUGAGCAGAAACUUUCCAGGGAGCAAGCAGGGUCCCACCCAGCCUUGCUGAGGCUGUGCUGAGCUUGCAUCCUUUGAGCUCCUCUUGCCUGGUGUAAGCUUGCUAUUUGAUUUCUCACUGCUUUUUUUUUUGUUGUUGUUGUUGCUUGUGUUUUUGGUAUCACCCAGAAAUCAUGAAGACAGGUGUUAACAAGAUUCAUUCCUCUACUUGGAGUUUUCAUUCAUUUCAAGGUAAUUGUUUGUGUGUGAGAGUGGGGUUAGAUAGGGUCCAGUUCCAUUCUCUUACAUGUGGCUAAUUAUUCUAGCACCAUUGAGUAUUCCUGUCACCUGUAUUCGGUAUUAAGUGUAUAUACUUGGUUUUCUGUCUGAACUGUUGUGUUUCUUUUGUCUUUUUUUUCAUGCCAGUACUAUAUUGUUUUUAUCACUGUAGCACAGCUUGAAAUCAGUAUGAUGCCAGUAGCUUUCUUUUGUCUUAGGAUUUUUUUUGACUGUUGUGGUUUCAUUUAAGUUUCAGGACUGUUAUUUCAACUUUUAAAAAACAUAGUCUUAGUAGGAAUUGCAUUGCAUCUCUAGAUGGUCUGUGGUAAUACUGUUAUUUUAGCAUUACUCCUCUAAUUGUUGAACAUAGCUUUCCAUUUAUUUGAAUCACUUGAGUUUCAUCAGUGUUUGUAGUUUUCAGAAUACAGGACUUUACCUCCUUAAUUAAUUUU